CCCCACUCCGACCAACCAUCCCUCCCCACCCCUCCCACCCCUCCCAAGCGUUCCACACCUCUCCGUACCCCAUACCUCGCCCCCCAGUCUCUCCCGUCCCUCCGAAGCUAGAGCCUGGGGUCAGAUACCCAUCCGUUCCCCACCCCGCCUAUGUAGGUUCGGCACCGGGGCAGAUAGGCUCGGUGCCGCUGCAGGCUGGGGUUCCGACCCCACAUGUAGGUCUGGCAGGGGCAGUGUCGGGAGUGGGUAUGGAUGGGAAGGGGGAGGGGGUAUCUGCAGGUGCUACUGCGGGACAAGUCCCACCAGGUGCUGUAGGAGCAGGAGCAAAAACAGGUGUGGGUGGGAAACCAGCAAGUGCAGCUGCUGGUGGUGCUGGUGGUGGUGCUGUAGCAGGUGCUGCUGGGACUCCUGGGGGCCGUCCCUUAACCAAGUAUGAGAAGGCUAAGCUGAGGAAAGAGGCGAAGAAGAGAGAGGAGGAGGCGAAGAGAAAGGCGGAAGAGGAGGAGAAGAAGCGGAUUGCUGCUGGGGGGGCGCCUGACGCUGCUGCUGCUUCUGGUGCUGCCAGUGCAACCGGUGCUGCUGCUGGUGCUGCUGCUGGUGGUGGUGGUGCUGCUGCUCCUGCUGCUCCUGGUACAGCCACUGCUGGUGGAGCAGCAGUCAAAUUAGAGGAUGGAUUGCCAGCGGCUCUCAAGCCCCUCAGCAGUAUUCUUGACUCAUCGUCUCCUUUCCCCCAUCUCUCUCCCAACAUCCCAACCUUUCAAAACCCCAACCACAGCCCCCAGGCUCUCAAGCCCCGCAGCCACCCGGCAGCAAGCACCCAACAGAGGCAUCCGCGCCAGGGCAACCCCCUCCGUGACAAGAAGCCCAAGCCAGACAACGACGGGAUAGAGCAGCUGAAUGACGUCACAGCAGUCAGCGGGGUGAACCUGAGGGAGGAGGAGGAGCAGCUGCUGGCGAUGGCAGUGGCGGGGGACGCGCAGCAGAAGGUGCAGGGGGAGGCAUGGAGGCGCAUGGCGAAGGAGGAGGAGCAGAGGCUGCUGAUGGAUCGACCGCUGCUGCGAGCUGUGGUGGGGCGGAUAGUGAGGGAGGAGGAGCAGCGGCUGCUGAUGGAUCGACCGCUGCUGCGUGCCGUGGUGGGGCGGAUGGGUGAGAGGGCAUGGUGGGGUUGGGAGAAUAGUCAUGCAGAGCAGCAGCAGAAGGUGCAGGGGGAGGCAUGGCGGCGCAUGGCGAGGGAGGAGGAGCAGCGGCUGCUGAUGGACCGACCGCUGCUGCGAGCUGUGGUGGGGCGCAUAGGCUCUGGAGGAGCGAAUGCACUCGCUGCUCGCAGCACUCUCAAGACUAUCAGCUCACGCUCUGGAGGAGCGAAUGCACUCGCUGCUGGCUGCACUCUCAAGACUAUCAGCUCACGCUCUGGAGGAGCGAAUGCACUCGCUGCUGGCUGCACUCUCAAGACUAUCAGCUCACGCUCUGGAGGAGCGAAUGCACUCGCUGCUCGCAGCACUCUCAACACUAUCAGCUCAUCCAGUCUACACUGCUGUUCUCUGGUUCGUUCUCUUGCGUCCACCUUCCCAUUUUCCCUCCCCCAGUUGGAAACACCUCCGUCCGCCGGCUUCCAUUCCACCCAAAGACGCCUCCUCAAGGAGAGCAAGGAGAAGGAGAAAGCAAACAUGACAGAGAAAGAGAAGGAGGAGCACCGGAUCAAGGCGCAAAAGGCGAAGGAGAUGGAGGAGGAGAAGGAGAAGACUACACGGGCCAACGAGGCGGCGAGGGUGGCGGCAAAGGAGAUGGAGGAGGAGAAGGAGAAGGCAACACGGGCGAAUGAAGCUGCAAGGGUGGCAGUGGGAGUAGACCCGCGCUUUGCUAAGUGGUUCCGUGAUGCUCAGCUAAAAAAGAUGCAAGCAGCAGCAGGAGGAGGAGCGGCAGCAGGAGGAGCAUCGGGAGGAGGAGGAGCAGGAGCAGGAGGAGCGGGAGUUGGGGGGGCUGGGUCCGGCAAGGAUGGGGCAGGUGCAGGCCCGGGAUCAGGUGCAGGCUCGGGUACAGGUUCGGAAGGGUUGGCUUCUGGGAGUUCCGCGGCUGCGGGCCAAUCAGGAGCUGCCACGUCAGCAGCAGGAGGGGCGGCAUCAGGGGUAGGUGGGGCUGCUGGGGGGGUUGGCGGCAGGGAGGGAGGGUUAUCUGGUGCAGGUACACCUGAUGGCAAGCUCGGCGGUGCCAGGCCUGGAGGCUUGGCAGCCGGAGCUGCAGGUUCGGCAGGAGUAGGGACAGCAGGGGUCGCUGGGGCGGGAGGGGCGGGAGGUUUGGCGAAGCAGCAGGGGCCUAGGACUGUGAUAUUAAAGGAUGUGAUUGCAGCGUUGGAGAGGGAACCUCAAAUGGCCAAGUCUGUUUUAAUGUUCAGGGUGUAUGAGAGAGAAGGGAGGGCCAAGGAGGGGAGGGAGAGAGAAGGGAAGGGCAGAGAAGCAGCGGUGGCGAGAGGAGGAAUGAAGGGAAGUGCAGCUGGAGCGGGAGGGGUGGGGUCUAAAGCAGUAGGAGCAGGAGGGGGAGGGGUGGGGGUGGGUAGAGGGGGAGGGAUAGUGGGAGGGAUGGGGGGGAAAUCGCCAGCAGGAGUGAAAGCAAGCCCUGGUGGAGCUGUAGCGGCCAAGGGGAUGGGGAAUGGCGCACAUACCCCCAUAAUAAGGAAGUAA